AUGAAAGUUGAUAACUAUGAGCUUGAUUUUGGUAUAUUGAAUAAUUUAAUUCAUUAUGAAUCUUUAAAUCAACAAGUAAUCGAACCUCAACCAAUGGAAGACUUAGUAGAGGAAAUUACAGUUGACAUGAAGGGAUUAUCUGUCCCUAAAGCGGCUACGGUAUGCGGCAUAUCUCGUUCAGGUGCUUAUAGACUUUUGGACGAGUUUAAUAGUGGUGACGGGCACGUACGAAUAUAA